CCUCUUUUGUCCUUUCGUCCGAGAGAUAACCCUUUAGAACUGCAUCUGCGACAUCGUCCUCUUUUAGGUUUUCGUCGUCAUGAUGCAGCAGCCACCUCCAGCCACUAACGGUGUUGCCGCAGGGUCAGGUCAGAUUCCUUCGUCGGACCAGCAGGCUUACCAACAGCAGCAGGCUUACCUGAUGAUGCAGCAGCAGCAGCAACAACAACAGGGUCAGCCGCCGGCAGGAUGGAAUACUCAAUCGACGGCGUCUCCGGGUCAGAAUCCGGGAUCAGCUGGUGAGAUCCGGUCCUUGUGGAUCGGAGACCUCCAGCCAUGGAUGGACGAGAAUUAUCUCAUGAGCAUCUUCGCUCUCACUGGCGAGGCUCAAUCAGCUAAAGUCAUUCGCAAUAAGCAGAGCGGAUAUUCUGAAGGAUAUGGAUUUAUUGAGUUUGUGAGCCAUGCUGCAGCUGAGAGGAUUCUGCAGACAUACAAUGGUGCUCAAAUGCCUAGCAGUGAACAGACUUUCAGGCUGAACUGGGCUCAGCUUGGAGCUGGAGAGAGACGCCAGGCUGAAGGGCCUGAGCACACAGUUUUCGUUGGAGACUUGGCACCUGAUGUUACCGACUACAUUCUUACGGAAACGUUUAAGACUGUAUAUUCGUCUGUCAAGGGGGCAAAAGUUGUGACUGAUAGGACCACUGGACGGUCCAAGGGCUACGGAUUUGUCAGAUUUGGGGAUGAAAGUGAGCAGAUACGUGCCAUGACUGAAAUGAAUGGUCAAUACUGUUCAUCCAGGCCUAUGCGUACUGGUCCAGCUGCCAACAAGAAGCCUCUUACGAUGCAACCAGGUGCAUAUCAGAACAGUCAAGGAAAUCCCGGAGAAAGUGACCCAACUAACACAACAAUUUUUGUUGGAGCGUUGGAUCAAAGUGUAACAGAAGAUGUUUUGAAGUCAGUUUUUGGUCAAUUUGGUGAGCUUGUACAUGUGAAAAUACCUGCAGGAAAACGUUGCGGAUUUGUUCAAUAUGCUAAUAGGGGAUCCGCAGAGCAAGCACUCUCCAUGUUGAAUGGAACACAACUUGGCGGACAAAGCAUUCGUCUCUCCUGGGGUCGCAGUCCCUCCAACAAGCAGACUCAAUCUGAUCAAGCCCAGUAUGGUGGUGGUGGUGGUGGUGGUGGAUACUAUGGGUAUCCUCCUCAGGGAUAUGAAGCUUACGGAUAUGCACCUCCUCCUCAGGACCCUAACGCCUACUAUGGUGGCUACCCUGGUGCCGGCUAUGGAAACUACCAGCAGCCUGGUGGCUACCAGCAGCAACAGCAGUGAAGCAUGAUAAGCAUGUCGUGAUCGAUUCUAUCUACAACUCUUCUUUUCUUUGGUUUAUCUAAAGGUGUUCCAUCUGGAUAUUUGUCUGAUUUUUUUCGGUUUUUGGUUAACAAAAAAUAGCUACCUUAUUAGAUCUAUAUCUACUUUGAUAUGGUUUUAUAUCGUAAACAUAAACUAUGUUCAAUUUAAUUUCAAAUUAUGUGAGUUUCGAUUAUUCUUCAUGAAA